GUGUUUUGGCAGCUGUCGCGAUCUCCAGCUUCGCCACCUAAUCAGCAUAUUCGCAGCAGCCUUCCAUAGUUUUCUUCGCCAACCUCUACCGCUUCUUCUCCCAAAUUCAACUGUCUCGCGAUUCAAAUAUGGCUGCAAUGUCAGGGAAGAUUGUCCAACAUGUUCUGGUAGCACAAUGCUGCCAGCAGGAUAGGCAUUUAAGCACCCAAUACCGAAAGGAUUGUUGUACCCCUUAUAGAAAAAACUUGCUUCCCUACCUAAGUGGAAAGCUGGCGUGGAAUGACAUCCCCACCAAGAAAUUGUCCACAUUCUCGAAUUUAAACCGAGCAAUUGUUUACUGCAAUGCGGCCUCAUCUGCCACUAUCAUACAUUCUGUUGACAAAAGUGCAUUUCUCAAGCUUCAAAAUGGCAGUGAUAUUCGAGGUGUUGCUGUGGAUGGUGUUGAAGGAGAACCUGUUAGCCUCACAGAACCAGUUACAGAAGCAAUUGCAGCUGCUUUUGCAGCAUGGUUGUUAGAUAGAAAGAAACCUGAUUCAUCUACACGGUUGAAAGUCUCUAUAGGACAUGAUUCACGAAUAUCUGCUCAGAAGAUGCAGGAUGCAGUAUCUCGAGGUCUAGCUGGCGGAGGUGUUGAUGUUAUCCAGUAUGGAUUAGCAUCCACACCAGCAAUGUUCAAUAGCACUCUCACUAAAAAUGAAGAUUUCUUGUGUCCAGCAGAUGGAUCUAUAAUGAUAACAGCAAGCCAUCUUCCUUACAACCGCAAUGGGUUUAAGUUCUUCACUAGUGCUGGUGGGCUCGGGAAAGUGGAUAUCAAAGACAUAUUGGAACGUGCUGCUGAUAUCUACAAAAACUUCACUGAUGAAGGUCUCAGGGAAGCUGAAAAAAGAGCAGCACAAUCUGUUAAAAGAGUAGACUACAUGACUGUUUAUACAUCUGAUCUGGUUGCAGCAGUUCGCAAAGCUGCAGGGAAUAUAGAGAAGCCACUGGAGGGUUUCCAUAUAGUUGUUGAUGCUGGAAAUGGAGCUGGAGGAUUUUUUGCUGAAAAGGUGCUCCAGCCUCUGGGUGCUAUUACUACUGGAAGUCAAUUCCUAGAGCCAAAUGGAUAUUUUCCUAAUCAUAUCCCGAACCCAGAAGAUAAGGAUGCAAUGAAAGCUAUCACCAAGGCUGUAUUGGACAACAAAGCAGACUUGGGCAUCAUCUUUGAUACUGAUGUUGACAGAUCUGCUGCUGUGGACUCCAGUGGCCGUGAGUUAAACCGGAACCGUUUAAUAGCCCUUAUGUCUGCUAUUGUCUUAGAGGAACAUCCUGGGACUACAAUUGUCACUGACAGUGUGACAUCAGAUGGAUUGACUACAUUCAUCGAAAAGAAGCUCGGCGGAAGGCACCAUAGAUUCAAAAGAGGCUACAAAAAUGUUAUUGAUGAAGCUAUUCGUUUGAAUUCCGUUGGAGAAGAAUCACAUUUAGCUAUUGAAACCAGUGGCCAUGGAGCACUGAAGGAGAAUCAUUGGCUUGAUGACGGAGCAUAUCUCAUGGUCAAACUCUUAAACAAACUCGCGUCUGCCAAGGCUUCUGGAGUGGGUAAAGGCAGCAAGGUUCUGACAGACAUGGUAGAUGGCCUACAGGAACCAGCUUUUUCUGUUGAACUAAGACUUAAAAUUAACCAAGAUCACGAAGAUCUUAAAGGAGGAUCAUUCCGUGCUUAUGGAGAGGCCGUGCUACAAAAUUUGGAGAACAUCAUUGCUUCAGAUCCAAAACUUCAGAAAGCCCCGGUUAACUAUGAAGGAGUGAGGGUUUCCGGCUAUGGUGGAUGGUUCCUUUUGAGACUCUCACUUCAUGACCCGGUGCUGCCCCUUAAUAUCGAGGCACCAAGCAACGAAGAUGCCAUCAAGCUUGGUCUAGCUGUUCAUUCUGCUGUGAGAGAGUUUACAGCUCUUGAUACAUCUGCUUUGAACAAAUUUGUGCAUAUAUAGUCGAAGAUGAAAAAAAUUGUCCAAAUAUAGUCGAAGAUAAUCCUAGUUGACGUUCAGAGAGCAUUCACAACUGCAACAAUCGGCCUUCUUCGACAUGCCAAACAGUGUUUUUGAAACCGAUUCCCUCAUUUCUCCGAGUUGUUUUUGAAAUAGAUUGCCUCCGUUCUCCGAGUGUUGUAAUUUAUGUUGCAAUGCAGUACAGUAAUAAUUUUCACUGUCAUCAGGCCUUGCUAUAAACACUGGCUCAAAAUGGAAAAUAAAUGAAAUAAAGAUGUUCAUGUUCUUAAUUAA